UUUUACCACGCCUAUCACGUGGUAUCUUGAUGCAGUGAGCUGAGGGCAUCGCGAUUGCCCUUAAGAGUCCGAUCCACUCGCUCUCCUUCCUCCUCCGCUCACCAACCCAAAUCAACCAAACAUCUACCCUCUCAAAUGGCAGCCGCGCCCACGUCGCAGGCCGCCGGAGCGCCCUGGAGCUCCCUCACCAGCUAUGGAUUCCACGCGCUCACGGACUCUGCCCCCGCCUCCGUUCGCUUCUCCGUCGGUCGCCGCCGCACCGGCACGGCUCGCCUAGAGGUGAAGGCAGCUGGAAAUAUCUUUGGGGACUAUUUCCAGGUCGCAACUUAUGGAGAGUCUCAUGGAGGUGGUGUCGGUUGCGUUAUCAGUGGUUGUCCACCCAGAAUCCCACUUACUGAGGAAGACAUGCAAGCGGACCUCGAUCGAAGACGGCGAGGCCACAGCGGAAUAAAUACCCCAAGAAAGGAGACAGAUACUUGUCAAAUUCUUUCAGGGACAUAUGAAGGAAUGACCACUGGGACGCCAAUUCAUGUUUUUGUCCCAAAUGCAGAUCAAAGAGGGCGUGAUUACGAUGAUAUGACUAAUGCGUACAGACCUUCCCAUGCGGAUUUAACUUAUGACCUCAAGUACGGUGUUAGAUCUGUGCAGGGAGGUGGAAGGGCAUCGGCAAGAGAAACCAUUGGAAGGGUAGCCGCAGGAGCUCUUGCGAAGAAAAUACUCAAGCUCAAAUCUGGAGUAGAGAUUCUGGCAUUUGUUUCGAAAGUGCAUCAAGUUGUUCUUCCUGAAGAUGCUGUUGAUUAUGAAACUGUAACCCUGGACCAGAUAGAGAGCAACAUUUGCAGAUGCCCUGAUCCAGAAUAUGCAGAGAAGAUGAUUGCUGCAAUUGAUAAAGUACGAGUUGAUGGAAAUUCCAUUGGUGGGGUAGUCACAUGUAUUGCCAGAAAUGUUCCUCGUGGGCUUGGUACUCCUGUAUUUGACAAACUUGAAGCUCUACUGGCAAAGGCUAUGCUUUCUCUUCCUGCAAGCAAGGGGUUUGAGAUCGGUAGUGGAUUUGCAGGUACGGACUUAACUGGAAGUGAGCAUAACGAUGAGUUCUAUAUGGAUGAGGCUGGAAAUGUGAGAACACGAACCAAUCGCUCGGGUGGUGUACAGGGAGGGAUAUCAAAUGGUGAAACUAUAUACUUCAAAGUCGCCUUCAAGCCAACAGCAACUAUUGCGAUGAAGCAAAAUACUGUAACAAGAGAUCAUCAGGCCAUAGAACUUUGGACAGGGGGUCUCCGUGACCCAUGUGUUGUCCCUCGGGCUGUUCCAAUGGUCGAAACGAUGGCGUCAUUGGUGCUCAUGGACCAGCUUAUGGCGCACAGUGCUCAGUGCGAGAUGUUUCCACUGAACCUUGCCCUACAAGAACCGAUCGGUUCUAGUACACCUGCCUUGGCGUAAUGCCGCCAUUGAAACAAGAAGCCCCCCCUCUUCCAUUUUACUUUCAUUUCGUAGCAAAUUAACUUGUAUCGUUGCUAUAAAUUUUUAUUACUGCACAUCAAGCGAUCCAUGUAAUACUGAAAUAAAAGGGGUAUUUAUGUUUUGCAGUAUUGCCAAUUUGUUCUACA